AUGACUAACUUCGCUGGGCGCUGGAAGCUUGACAAGAGCGACAAGUUCGACGAGUAUAUGGCUGAAGUUGGCGUCGGAUUGCUCACUCGGAAAGCUGCAGCUACUUUAAAGCCUACCCUCGUUAUAAAGAUUGAUGGUGACCAUUGGUCUUGUAACCAAGAAUCCACCUUCAAAAACACUACACUUGAAUUCAAUAUUGGAGAGGAGUUCGACGAGACUACUCCGGAUGGAAGAAAAAUGAAAUCGAAAGUUGAAUUAGUUAACGGUAAACUGAUUCAUCAGCAGAAAGCGAUCAAGAGCGGAGAAAAAGACAGCUCAAUCGAACGUUGGCUCGAAGGUGAUCGUCUUAUUACUACACUAACUUCUGGAAAUGUUGUUUGCCGUCGUGAAUAUGUCCGUGAAUGA